AUGGACAAACUAUUACACUGGUCCGUAGCAAACUCGCAAGGCGACAAAGAGUCUAUUGAAAAAGUUGGCCAACCCGAUCCCAAGCUACUUCAACAGCUGUUUGGAGGUGGCCCCGACGAGCCUGCGUUAAUGAAGCAAGCUGUUGUGGUCAUCACGAAUCCAGAAGCGGAGCUGGAGGCUAAACUGAUAGCUUUUGACAAUUUCGAAAUGCUCAUCGAAAACUUAGACAACGCAAACAACAUUGAGAAUAUGAAGCUUUGGGAGCCGCUAAUUGGAGUACUCAAGUCACCCGAAUCAGAGCUUAGGGCAUUUACCCUAUCGGUUAUUGGUACCGCCGUUCAGAACAACACUAAAUCGCAAGAAAGCUUUCUAGCAUACAAUGACGGCUUAGCUCAGGUUAUCGGAAUCGCAAAAGAUCCAAAUGAAAAGACGGAUGUUCGGACCAAAGCAUUUUAUGCGUUGUCAAACCUUGUUAAGCACAAUAGAGACUCUUUCGAAAAAAUCAGGAAAUUAGGAGGUCUUGCUGUGAUCGAAGCUGUGCUGCGUGAUUCAAGCCUUACGGACAAGCUUAAGUUACGUGCACUGGCUCUGGUUACCGCCCUCAUGACAAGCACAACCGUCGAUCUCACAUUUUUGCAGACACUGAGAGAUUCGCAAAUACUAUGGAGAGCCAUGACAUAUUUGAACGCGGACAGUAAUAUAUAUGUCAUUGACAAGGUCCUCAACAUUUUCUCGCAUCUUAUAAAUGCUGGUCUGCGAUUCAAUGAUUCAGAACUCGCACAGCUAAAAUCUGGCCUACUUGAAAUUGAAAGCGUCGGAGAACGUCUCAAUGAAGACGAUUAUGAAGUAGUUAAGAGCAUACUGUGA